CCGCUGAGGGACGGAAGCAUUCAAAAUCUCGGUGAAAUAGGACAGCGUUGUUAGAGAGUGGUCCGUUCGUUUGGUGUGUUAGAGAGGGAAAGAAGGGGGAAUCGCAGAGACGUUGAGCACUUGGUGUGGAGAUAAGAUCAAGAAAUGGAUGAGCAAACUGACAAAGAUUUCAAUCUUUUAUCUGAAGAGAAUUCUGACUUUGAUAUUCUGUUAUCUCCUGCAAGUGGAAAAAGUGAUGAUGAUGAUGAAGUUUUUCUUGGACCAGUUCGUCAUGUGGAAAAAUGUGUCUCUGUUGGAAUUGAUUUAAGUUGCAAGGAAGAGAAAUGUUCCAAGGCCACAGAGACUGGGAAUUGGAGUCCUUUGAACACAGACCAGUUCUUUGAAGUUUCCAAAGAAGCCAACUUAUUAGCACAUCACCUUGAAAACCAGAUGGAGGGAAAGUGUAAGAAAAUGGGAAAUCAAAUGACUCACAAUAAAAUAGUGGAACAAUUUAUUGAGGAAUCUAAAUUAAAACUAACCCUUCUAAAGGGUAUGAGCAGCCCAAGUUGUGCAAGAAGAGAAACUUUUGUAGUUCAAGAUAGCCCAUUGAGGUUACUUCCACCUGCGAUCCAGAAACGUCUGCAGGUUAAUUCCUUAGAGGCUCAACCUAGCUUUCAGUUAAAACCAAUGAAAACUGCUAUCCUGGAAACCAACUCUUUAAUGCAGCCCCAGCAGAACUGUGGAAAUUCAUCAUUCGUGAAUAAUGAUGUGCCUUGUACUGAGAACAACACUUUAAAAGAAAAUCCAUCAGUUGAACAAUCAAAAUGUGCACCAACAAAAUACAUUACAUCAGAAAAGGUCAGCGAGCCAAAUGUUUCUGGGUUUAAAGCUUCAGGUUCCAUGACAAAACACAGUACUGGUUCUGCAGCAAGGACUCUCGGCCAUACCUCAUCCUGUCUCCGUUCUCGUCUUCACAAUUCCAGUAGUGGUGGUAGAGCGGUGUCCCUAACCAUGCGCCCAAAUGCAUCAAAACUACAAGCCUUGAAAAACAGCAGCAGAAUUGCCAGCCCAAAGAUCAAGUCGUCUAGUUCUACAUGUACAAUUGAUGCCCCAAGAGCAGCACUAAAACCAGCAAAUACUUAUAAAAUAACUGCUUCUGGAAUGAUGAGUCAGAAAGGAACAGGAUUACAGAGUCUUCCCGAUAAAAGCUUACAAAGAAUUAGCUUAAUUGAUAUGAACGUUGAUAAAGUCAAAUCAAACCAAAUAGUAAAGGCAUUGGGGAGGGAUCGGUGCCCAAAGACCAAAGCUUCUGUUGUUAAUAGCCAAGUUGUGAAAAGAUCCAGUGCACCUUCACCUGGAACAACAACAGGGCAAAAAAUAACACAACCAAAGAAGCUGUUGUCCUGCAGUGCAGUUGAAAGUGGUAUAGAGGCUCGUACUCCAAAUAGACCACUUACUCGAGAAAUGCUGCAAACACCUACCAUUACAAACAAGCUGGCAUCAGUAACAUCUGCAACAAAACGUUUACCUGCUUUACCCACCCCAUUAAAUCGUCGUAGGUCAGGUAUUCCAACAUUCACUCCACGAACACAACCAAGACCUGCGUCGUCUCUCAAAAUUACAACACGAAACCGUAGUAUGUCAGCAAAUGAGACUAUUCUAGUAAGGGAACAGACAUUGAGAAAGCCAGAGGGCCUUUGCUCAUCUGAGUCUUCUGAAGAGGAUCUGUCUCCAUCCCUGAUUCCUUGUGUUCUAGACUUCUCUCCUGAUAAACCACAAAAAGCUUUAAAGCACCCAACUGAGCCUCAAAGCAAGGAGAAUUUCACUGUUGAAGGUACAAAAAAUAAGCAAAUUCAAGACCGUCCACUUAUUGAUCUCUCAAAUACUCCUGAAAUAAACAGAGUUGCACCAAUGAAGGCUCCUGAGACGCUUAUAGAUUUCAACUCUCCGCUGAUUAUGUUGAGCCCUGCCAAUAAGGAAAAUGUGAAUUUGGACUCUCCUUUACUGAAGUUUUAAAGGUGUCUUUUUAAUUGUUAAUAGCUACAUCUCUAUACUGUCAUAAGAUUGUUUUAAUCUUGUUCAAACUGUUUUGUUCUUAUUGUUUAUUUACUUUUACUAUAAGUCUACACUUUCCCACUUUCUCUAAAGUCCAUGGAUGAACUGAAAUAAUGUCUGACAUUUUGUUCUUCUGGAUUACUAAAAAUGUCUUUUGGACCACAAUUAAUAUUAAAAUGUAAAUGCCAUCAUUAAAGUCAUGUUUUCCUGGUAGAUUUACUUUGAUUUAUUUUAAUAAUUGAAAGGCUAAUUAAAUGAAUAAAGAGGAAAAAUUUGAAAUGUCAAUGUGUACUCUUUUCAGAAUUGAUGCCCCUUCCCAUUUGCUGUGCAAGUUUGUUUUUUAAACUAUUUCAACAGUCAAAGCUGUAACAACAAAACCAGAGUUCAGUUCUAAGGUACCAAUUUGCUAAAAAUUGUUCCAAAGAAACUUUCAGGGGAUUUUGUACAAUGUUGCUCACUUUUUUUGGUGAAUUCAAAUAAUCGGACAAAGUCGCAGAAGUCAAUAUUUUAUACAGGCUAUAUUUGAUUACUAUCUUGUGUUAAAAUACAAGUAUUGUAGGACAUUUAACGGACUAGAUUAAAUUAUAAAAGAUGAGUUACAUGCUUUUUUUUAAAAAGGGUGGGGAGGUGGUUGGGCGAAACAAAAUUACAAACUAGUGUGGUUCUUGUAUUUUUCCACUACAGCCAUUGGAGAACAAAACUCAAAUGUUUCAAUUUAACUAUUUACUGAACUCAAUAUGACAUAUCAUGAUUCUCUAGUCCAUUUAUGUAUAAAUUUUAGAUCUGUUGUUGUUUACCUAGUUUUCAUUGUAAUCGUGUGACAAUUUUUUUUUCCAUUAAUGAACAAUAUGACAAAGCUCUUCAGGACUGAUGUUUCCUCCAGUUAUUAUGACCACUGCAGUCUUUCCUUUAAGUCUGAUCUUCUCUCCUACAAUAGCAGCAAAAGCAGCUGCUCCUGAGGGUUCCACAACCAGACCAAUUUUGUAAAGCAUGGAAACUGCUGCUUUUAUUUCAUCAUCUGAUACCAAUAGGAUUUCUUUCACAUGUUGUCUGCAAAUCUGGAAUGAUUUUGAACCUAUUGCAAAAUAGAAUUUGAAAGACCCUGAUGAAUAUUUAUGUUACUGGCAUAUAAAAUAUUUUAUUUUUCUGUUGUUGCUUUGAGUUUUGAUGCCCUGAACUGGUUUUCUGGCAGUCUCUCCUGAUUUCUUUUAACAACCAGAUCUUUUGUACUUUAUUAAAUACAGUAUUUGUUUACAAUUUCCAAUCUCCAACAACUUGCUUUUUGCAAUCUGACUUUUUUUUGUUUAACCUCCAUCAGAAACUAGAGCUGUAUAUUUCUUUUCCACUCACCUGCAAAUGGAGGAGCAAGCCCUGUGGCAAUGCUGUUUGCAUCCAUAAAUACUGGUUUAUUUUCAUUAAAACUUCUGUACAUGGUACAAGCUGAUGAUCAAGAAUAAAUGGUGAAGUUGGUGUCUUUAAAACUGGUACUAAAUUAAACUGUGUUUCUGUAUAGUUUACCUCCUCUUGGUUCCACUCCAUAUACAUUUGUGGUUGUACAGCCAGAUAGUUUGAUGGCAGCAGCCACGCCUGCAAGCAAGCCACCACCUCCACAAGAAACUACCACAACAUCAGGAUAUGGGAUUUCUUCAAGAAUUUCUAGACCAACACUAAUAACACGUAAAAGAAGAGAUAUUUUAGAUUUUGAUCAGUAGUUUUUGUCUUAAUGUUUUUGAACGAAACUGUUAAUAUUUGCACCAGUCAUUUAUGCUAAUUAUUGAAACAUGUUCUCAUUUUGGUAGCUUCAUCUUCUAUCUUUUGCCAGUAUGUAUGAUGUUUAAAUCCAUUCAAUACAACAGUUGCUCUUGUGUAUAAAAUGAGACUUGUGAAAUCACGUACUAAGCAGUUAGCACCAAAAGUUGGACAUGAUCUACUAAACAAUCACUCUUUUCGGUGUAGAA